CCUGCGCUUGUUUGUUACGCGUCAACAGCAAAACCCUGAACUCAGAAAGCUAAGCUAGCUACCAAACAUAUGCAAUUCCAGUCAGUUCAAGAACAGCCCUUUUAAGGUAUUUCACUUUUAAGGGUUUCUUGAUUUGAGGGCUCCUUGAUUUCCCUUGUUUGAUUUCAAUGUUCACAGUCUGUAAGUAGAGUUUCUUGAACUUCCUGGUUUGAGAGCUAAGAUUUCCAGUCAGUUCAAGAACAGCCCUUUUAAGGUAUUUCAAUUCUUUUAACUUUUAAGGGUUUCUUGAUUUAAGGGUGUCUUGAUUUCCCUUGUUUGAUUUCAAUACUCAGUCUGUAAGUAGAGUUUCAAUUCUUGAACUCCUGGUUUGAGAGUUAGAAUUUCCAGAGAGUUCAAGAACAGCCCUUUUAAGCUAGCUGAGUAAAGAGAAAUGGGGAGAGGAAAGGUGGAGAUGAAGAAGAUUGAGAACAGCACAAGCAGGCAGGUGAGUUUCUCCAAGAGAAAAGGUGGACUCAUCAAGAAAGCCCAUCAGCUCUCUGUGCUCUGUGAUGCCCAAAUUGCCCUCAUCAUCUUCUCGCCCAAAGGGAAACCCUACCACUACUGCUCUCCAUCACUAAGUAUGGAGGAGAUGAUUGAGAGAUAUCUGUAUGCCACUGGUGCGUCGUCUUUGCCACAGAAUCACGAAGUUAGCAAGGAUGAGAUAAGUGCAAUGAGGGAGAAAACUCUUGAUCUUCAAUUGAGCCUUGAGAGAUACAAAGGAGAGAGUUUGAACUCCAUACAAUACAAGGAUCUCGACGAGAUGGAGAAAAAACUUGAGAUCUCAUAUAGAAAAGUUCGAGCAAGAAAGUUGGAGUUGAUGCAACAACAGCUGGAAAAUCUCAGGAGGACGGAGAAAAUGGUGGAGAAGCAGAAUGAAGAUAUGUGCACUUGGUUGAUGAACAAUGAGAUAUACCGCCGUCAGCAAGAAGCAAUGACUGAACUCAAACUUGUGGAAGAGCAGCAGCCACCACCACCUGGGGUGGUGGAUGAGUUUCCUUUCCUCUUCCAGGAGAUGCCACCGCCGCCUACCGGCGGCUUUCUCAGCCUUCUUCCUUGUCACUCCAACCACCGCGAUUCAGACCUCCCAGGAUGCAGCUAUAAAUAAUGGUUAUGAUAAAGAUAGAAUUGAAUGUGGGCGGGCGAUGGAGCUUUUAAUAUUAGCUAAUGUGCAGUGACAAGCGACUUCCAGUGUUGGAUACUGAGUAAUGGCGUGCUAAAAACUAAUUAUAACAUUAAUUUAUCAUGACUUUAUUAUUAUGCAUUUUAAUUUACGGAUAGCUAAUUUAGUACAGAUUAUAUAUAACUAUACUCAAUAUGCGUAGGAUUAUGACAAACCAAACUAAUUAAACAUGUUGGGCCGGGCAACAACUGAUCUUGGACCUCAGGUUCACUGGGCGUCUUAUUACCUACUACAAUGCUUUGUUAUUGUAUGACAUUUUAAAUACGCCAUCAA